CAAUUAGUACCAGUGAAUGUUAUAAUAUCUAAAUUAUUCUUGUGUUGUUACAUUCUUUAUCUUAACCUAAAGCACCUGGGUGCAUCUCGCUUAUUUUCACUCCAAGAUGGUAGUGUGGGGUAUGAAUUUGUCUGAACCUUCUAACAUCACAACGAAGCCUUGCUCCCAAACAAUGGCCCAAGGCUUAUCUACAAAGGAACCUCGUCGAGUCUACCUAUUUACCCACCCUCGCGUUACUUCCAACCUCCUAGUGAAGAUUCUGAACGUCAAAGAGCAGAAUGUCCCUCCUAGUGAUAAGGGUGGUUAUUUCUUCCAAACCCCAGUCUACAAGGCGAUAGAACUGAAGAUUCGCCACAAGGCAACCACCGCGUGGACUGAUGACGAGGUCUCAGCCAUCCGAGAACUCUACGAGAAAUCAAUUUCUGACUUGCAAAAAUGGAUAGACGAAGCUGAGAAGAAUGGACAGUUUGUCUUUAUCAAGGAGCAUGCUAUCUUCAUGAUUGAUCCUGUCUCAGUGACCAACUAUCAUCCACAUAAACGUGCAGAUAAAGAGAGGGCUGAUGGCACUGAAGCUCUGUCUGAAUUGCGCAAGCAAUGGCAAUUUGGACGAUCCUGUGGUGAAGUUGAGCUCCCAAAUCCAUCACCAUUGAACCAGACAGUUGUCUCGGAUGAGUUCCUCCUGUCAUUUACCCCUACAUUUCUCAUACGUCACCCAGCACUUACCUUUCCGUCCUUUUUGAGGGCCUACAUCGGCGAGGGCAUGCCAAAAACUAAUUUCGAGGCCUCGGCCCUCGUGGAUGAGCUUGAUCACUCAAUGACGUUCCAUUGGAUGCAUCAUCUAUACGAUUUCUACGUCUCCAAGGGUAUUGAACCUCUUGUGGUCGAAUCCGAUGAUGUUAUUAGCUCGCAUGAAGUUGUCAUUGACUACGCCCACCACAUCGGCCUUGAUACUGAGAAACUGCACUGGAAUUGGUCACCUGCAAGCGAAAAGCAGCUUGAGAUGGGUGGAAAUUCUAGACUGCAGCGUUUCUUAGGCACAAUUAUGAGCUCGUCUGGGGUGAUGAAUGAUAAGAUGGCAAAGAAUUUGGAUCUUGCAGUUGAAAGGAAGAAAUGGAAGCAAGAGUUUGGCGGAUUGAUUGGUGAGAAGAUGGUUGAAUGGGUCGAAGCUGCAAUGGAAGACUAUGAAUACUUGAAAGAGAGGAGACUUAGACCUAGCUCUACCUAAGAAAGUGAGGUUAAGCUCGUGGCGAGGGCGAGCAGGAAGGUCAUAAUGUACGUGCUGGUUAACCCAUGGAUUACAAGUACUCAGCAAUACGCAAAAAAACAAACAAAUACUCUGGAAAUAUCAGAAGAGCUAUGGGGUUGAUUCUCGAGUAGGCGAGUGGGCUUGUACGUGAUCGUAAGCGAGUCAACGCCG